AUGGCUAGCUCCAAAAAGGGCAGCGUCCUUUCGAAGAGACGGGCCCCCAACGAUGCUACUUCCCCAAUCAGCGAGAAUUCAACGCGAGAUGGGCGCAAAAGACGGAAAAAACAAAAGGUCAGCAGCCUUGGGGCCAUAGCUGACAGCAAGGUUUCGAGUGUCCCGGAUCAAUACAAGAAGUCGCCCGGCCCAAUGACCGGUUCUAGAGAUCCUUCGACCAAAAACAUAACCCGUCAAGGAGAUAGUCAAGAACAGGUUUCAUUACGCCUAGAAAAGAUGCAAGGUGCUGUGCGAACUCUGUUAGAGUGCAUCGGCGAAGAUCCCGGCCGUGACGGCCUUCUGGAUACACCUUCGCGUUAUGCCAAGGCAUUGCUGUUCUUCACCAAAGGCUACCAUGCCAAUGUGGAAGAUGUUGUGAAUAACGCGCUAUUCCAUGAACGCCAUAAGGAGAUGGUCAUUGUGAGAGAUAUCGACAUAUGUAGCCUUUGUGAGCACCAUCUUGUGCCAUUUACAGGAAAGGAAAGCUCUCUUUUCCAUCAAUAUGUCCUGUACACUGGACUCUGA